CUCCUCGGAGGGCGGCGCGGCGGCCGCCUCGGAACGGACGCCCCGCAAGAAGGAGCCGCCGCGCGCCUCGCCCCCGGGGGGCCUCUCCGACCCGCCGCCCAGCGGGCCCGCCGUGGGCUCCGAGACCACCGGCAUCGCCGAGACCCCCGAAGGCCGCCGGACCAGCCGCCGCAAGAGGGCCAAGGUGGAGUACAGGGAAAUGGAUGAGAGCCUUGCUAACCUCUCUGAAGAUGAGUAUUAUUCUGAAGAAGAAAGGAACGCUAAAGCAGAGAAAGAGAAAAAGCUUCCUCCUCCCCCUCCACCACCACCACCUGAAGAAGAGAAUGAAAGUGAACCAGAAGAGCCAUCUGGGCAAGCAGGAGGACUUCAAGACGACAGUUCUGGAGGGUAUGGAGACUGCCAAGCAUCAGGUGUGGAAGGAGCGGCUUUCCAGAGCAGACUUCCACAUGACCGGAUGACUUCCCAAGAAGCGGCUUGUUUCCCAGAUAUUAUCAGUGGGGCGCAGCAGACUCAGAAGGUGUUUCUUUACAUCAGAAACCGAACGUUGCAGCUUUGGUUGGACAACCCAAAGAUUCAGUUGACAUUUGAGGCAACGCUACAGCAGUUGGAAGCACCGUAUAAUAGUGACACUGUGCUAGUUCACCGAGUGCAUAGCUAUUUGGAGCGGCAUGGCUUGAUCAACUUUGGAAUCUACAAAAGAAUCAAGCCUCUACCGACUAAGAAGACCGGCAAGGUGAUCAUCAUAGGUUCUGGAGUGUCUGGCUUGGCAGCAGCUCGCCAACUGCAGAGUUUCGGCAUGGAUGUCACACUCCUAGAAGCAAGGGAUCGUGUAGGAGGCAGAGUAGCCACAUUUCGCAAAGGAAAUUAUGUUGCAGAUCUAGGAGCCAUGGUGGUAACAGGACUUGGUGGAAACCCAAUGGCCGUGGUGAGCAAGCAAGUCAAUAUGGAAUUAGCCAAGAUAAAGCAAAAAUGCCCACUUUAUGAAGCAAAUGGACAAGCAGUGCCAAAGGAGAAAGAUGAAAUGGUGGAGCAAGAGUUCAAUCGUUUACUGGAAGCUACCUCGUACCUGAGCCACCAGCUAGAUUUCAACAUCCUCAAUAACAAGCCGGUCUCCCUGGGUCAGGCUCUGGAAGUUGUCAUACAAUUACAGGAGAAGCAUGUGAAAGAUGAACAGAUUGAACACUGGAAGAAGAUAGUGAAAACUCAAGAGGAACUUAAAGAUCUCCUCAAUAAGAUGGUGAAUUUAAAAGAGAAGAUAAAAGAACUCCAUCAGCAAUACAAGGAAGCAUCUGAAGUCAAACCACCUCGUGAUAUUACUGCAGAAUUCCUUGUGAAGAGUAAACAUAGGGAUCUGACUGCUCUUUGCAAGGAGUAUGACGAGUUGGCAGAAACACAAGGGAAGCUGGAAGAGAAGCUUCAGGAGCUAGAAGCCAAUCCUCCUAGUGAUGUUUACUUAUCCUCAAGAGACAGACAGAUUCUUGACUGGCAUUUUGCGAAUCUAGAGUUUGCCAAUGCCACACCGCUCUCUACCCUGUCUCUGAAGCACUGGGACCAGGAUGACGAUUUUGAAUUCACCGGCAGUCAUCUGACUGUGAGGAACGGCUAUUCCUGCGUGCCGGUGGCUCUAGCCGAAGGGUUAGACAUUAAGCUAAACACGGCAGUUAGACAGGUUCGCUACACCGCUUCGGGAUGUGAAGUGAUAGCUGUCAACACUCGCUCCACUAGCCAGACCUUUAUUUAUAAAUGCGACGCCGUCCUGUGUACCCUUCCCUUGGGGGUGCUGAAGCAGCAGCCUCCUGCAGUACAGUUUGUUCCUCCUCUUCCCGAGUGGAAGACAUCUGCUGUGCAGAGGAUGGGAUUUGGGAACCUUAACAAGGUUGUGCUCUGUUUUGAUCGUGUGUUUUGGGACCCGAGCGUUAAUUUGUUCGGUCAUGUUGGCAGCACAACGGCCAGCAGAGGGGAGCUUUUCCUGUUCUGGAAUCUCUACAAAGCGCCAAUUCUGCUGGCCUUGGUGGCUGGUGAAGCAGCCGGAAUCAUGGAAAACAUCAGCGACGAUGUCAUCGUUGGGCGCUGCCUUGCUAUUCUCAAAGGCAUUUUUGGCAGCAGCGCUGUCCCCCAGCCCAAGGAGACGGUGGUGUCUCGCUGGCGGGCCGACCCUUGGGCCCGAGGGUCCUAUUCCUAUGUCGCAGCUGGAUCUUCAGGAAACGAUUACGACCUGAUGGCUCAGCCGAUUACUCCGGGACCAGCCAUUCCGGGAGCUCCCCAGCCAAUUCCCCGCUUGUUCUUUGCGGGAGAGCACACGAUUCGCAACUACCCGGCGACUGUUCACGGCGCCCUGCUCAGCGGACUGAGGGAAGCCGGGCGCAUCGCUGACCAGUUUCUCGGUGCCAUGUACACUCUGCCUCGCCAAGCCACCCCGGGGGCACCUGCUCAACAGGCUCCUUCCAUGUAGACGGAAAAAA